AUGGCAUCCCUCUCCCAAAUCCUAGGGCAAAUCUACACCAUGGCCAUGCUCUUCUUCUCCGUCCUCCUCCUCGAGCUCGCCAUCCUCAUCCAUGGGGCCGCCCACGCCACUGCCCACCGCUCCAUCACCACCGACCAAUUCCUCAAAAUCGUCGACAAAAAGGCCCCAUCAGGGCGCUACUCAGCGGCCGGGAAUUCACUAGGCUUCCCCGCCGCCGAGUGCAGCGUUUGCCUCUCCCCUUUUGAGGAAGGGGACGAGGUGAGGAAGCUCAAAUGCAAACACACUUUCCACAAAGGAUGCGUCGACACGUGGCUGCAGCAGGACGCCGCCACGUGUCCCCUCUGCCGCCGCCCGGUCCUCCCAGUCGACGUGGUGGUGAAGCACCGGAACCACCGGCUGAGGGAGCACUAUGACGGCGGCGAAGAAGAGAUCAUGAUCAUGCUCUAUGCUUUACAUGGUAAUUUCUUGAGGAGAUUUUCUUGA